AUGCUCUAUAUGCAAAAUUUAAUGAAUUUAUAUAUUAGAGGGAAUUGUAUUAGUUCUGUUUUGUCAGAAUUUGCAAAUGUUUCAAACUCUUCAAAAAAAUCACAUUGUGAUAGCGCUUCUAAUAGUCCAAAUAUAGCUGAACGUCUAUUAAACAAAUCCUUCUUCAAAAGCUCAACAUAUAAGAUUUUUCUUGAGGUAGGAAUUUUUAAUGAAUCUUUAUUAAAAAAAACUUUUAAAAAGGCACAUGCGAACUCUGGCCCACUUUCUCCACCCAAUCGACAAAUACUUAAAGGCAAGUGA